AUGGCUACCACCAAAGUACCGGUCUACUCGACCAAUGAUCUCAAGUCUACAAGUGACGAUGCGCUUCUUCCAUACCUGACCAACCUUCCCGCGCCUUACACUUUUACACCCGACUACUCGAAAACAAAUAUCCGUUUCGUAAUUGGAUACAGCGCUGUCGCGAUUGCCGGAUUCACUUUCUAUGCAGACCGCACGCUCGGCUGGGAAGCAACGAAAUCUCCCUGGAUUAUCGCUGCAGUAGCCACAUACUUUGUGUUGAAUACAUUCCUUACAUACUGGAUUUGGGCUGUUGAAGCUGGCGAGGUAUACUCCGGAAAGAGAAAGACGGGAGAGACGAUAUCCGUUUCUUCAUCGGCUCAGAAGUUCUCGAGUAUCUACAAGUUGCGCGUUGUUUAUAAGUCUGCCUCUGGGAAGGUCCUUCAGGACAAGCGGUGCGAGGCGCCCUUCACAACUUGGUUUUCCGCAGAAGGAGUGUUCCAUCCUGAGCCUUUCCGCCGCUGGGUUGCUAGUGAGAUUGAUGUUUUGAGAUUGGCAGCCAAAGAGAAUGAGAAGAAGUCCGGUUGA